AUGUCCAAAGUAAACCAACCGGGCUUGUCUAGGAACGCUAGGAAUCGGGAAGCGGAGACCGAGGAGUCUCGCUCCACAAACGUCCGACAACCCGCCCAGGUUAACCCUCAAGUGCCUGUCACAUACGGUGACUCUGCCAUUCACGUGAGUCAAAUAGAUUUUCUCGUUCCGUGUUCUGAGCCUAUUUUCGAGGUACCGUCGCCCCCACCUUCUAGUAUCGACCAGACCAUAGCUUCAAACAUUGCAUCGGAGUUAAUCGAAGAUGGUGCAACCAUUCAAUUAGGAUUUGGCAGCAUACCUCAUGAAGUGACAUCACAUCUGCGUGACCAUAAGGAUUUGGGCAUUCACGCGGAAAAUAUUUUUGAUGGUAUCGUUGAUCUGGUCGAACUGGGCGUCAUCACUAAUAAGCACAAGCAGGUUCGCCAAGGUCGAAUAGCAGCUAGCUAUGCCAUUGGAACCAAACGGGUUUACGACUUCAUCGACCAAAAUCCACUUGUUGCCCUCUAUGAAAUCGCGUGGACUAAUUCCAUUGAACGGAUUGCUCGCAAUCCCAAAGUCUCCUCCGUCAACACCUGCCUAGAAAUGGACCUCUCGGGUCAGAGUGUUGGUGACAGCAUUGCUGGCAAUGUCUACACUGGCGUGGGUGGUCAGUUGGACUUCACCCGGGGAGCCAGUCUCUCCUCCGACGGUAAGGGUCGUCCAAUCAUCACCAUGUCCUCGCUGACUACAACCGGUACCUCAGCUAUUGUCCCUACCCUGGCUCGUGGCAGCACAGUGGUAGCCACUCGGGCCCAUGUACACUAUGUCGUAACAGAGUAUGGGAUCGCCUACCUCUUCGGCAAGACCCUGCGUCAGCGUGCUCAUGCCCUCAUCCAGAUUGCUCACCCAGAUUUCAGAGAAUCUCUAGAAAAGUCUGCUUUUGAGCGUCUGAAGACAAUGCCAGCGCCAUAA